GCCGACUCGAGCGCCAGCCCAUUUUGGCCAUACGUGCACCAGGGACGUGCGCGCGCUUGCGUCGGACUCUCCAGCAGUGCCCAGCUGCCGCCAGCGCAAGCCGCGCCGCUCUGCGCCCGCGCCAGCGCCAGCAGAUUUGAAAUUGGCUCUCACUCAUGUCUGAAACCGCGCCGGCCAAGGAGAACAUGAGCUCCAGCCCUGCCAAGACCGACGGCAGCCCAGUAAAAAAGAAACCCAGAACCUUGGACGACGCGCCCAACGAAAGCCACGAAAAAAAGGGCGCCGCCCAACUCGCGAAGGAAAAAAGAGAUCAAGAGUACAAGAACUGGGUCGUCGCCGCGCCCCAACUCUAUGAUGUCUGCAUGCAGAAGCAUUUGCGGUGGCCCUCGCUGACGGUGGAGUGGUUGCCGGGGUAUACGGACGCCGGGCGGGAGGGCUGGAACCGCCACCAGCUGUUGUUGGGUACACAUACCGAUGGGGAAGAGAACUCGUUGUUAGUUGUGGCGGUCGACUUACCCGACGUGGAAACAGAAAUAGACACGAGGGCCGGUGAGUUCGGGAAGGAUACUUCCGCCAUUGCCCUUACCUUACCUCACCCAGGAGGGGAAGUCAAUCGCGCGAGGCACUGUCCGCAACAACCAUCCUUGGUAGCGACACGGCCGGCCUCGAAGGUAGCUUAUGUUUUUGAUAUUGCGAAAGCAGCAGAAGAAGGUCCGUCGAGCACGCCGUGGCUCACGCUGCGGGGCCACGGCGACGAGGGCUUCGGCUGCGCCUGGUCGCCUCAUGUAAAUGGCCAACUGACGACCUGCGCGAACGACGGCACGAUCUGUGGGUGGGACAUUGCGACGGCGAAGGGUGGCGGCAUCACGCCCACCUACUUCGCGUCUCGAGGGGAAUCGGCCGUAGCGGACGUCCAGUACUCUCCCCAAUGUCCUUUUACUAUUUGUGCCGCCGGCGACGACAAAGCUUUAGUUUUUUGGGAUCUGCGGACCCAAGGCGACAAGUGUUCACAGGUGGUCGAAAACGCACAUGAUGCGGACAUCAACGCCCUUGCCUAUCCUAACUUCGGCGAGGACGACCAGUUUAGAUUGCUAUCGGCCUCGGCCGACAGAACGGUCAAACUCUGGGACACGCGGCACUUGUCAAAACCGGUGCACACCUUCACAUGUGAUGGGGAUGUCGUCCAAGUCCAGUGGUGCCCCCACGACGCCGACGUCUUCGUGACCUGCGGCGCCGACCGGGGCCCGAAGUUCUGGGACGUGUCGCGGAUCGGGGCGUCGGUCGAGCCCGACUCCGACGAAGACGAGCCGGCGCCGCCCGAGCUGGUGUUCGCCCACGGCGGCCACAAGGCCCCGGUCUCGGACUUUUCGCUCUCUCCCAAUGAAUCGUGGCUCGCCGCGUCGGUGAGCGAGGACAACGUCUUGCAAGUGGCAUGGGUCAGCGAGGCGAUCUUCGGCGACGUCGAGGGCGAUGGGGAUGAUAUUGGGACGGGCUGGCAGAGCGGCGGUGGGACGGCGGCGGCGCCGGCACCGGCCGCGGCGGCGUAGGGCGUGGCGUGGGGGCGCUUAAGCUAGG